GUUUCGCUGAGUAAAGAGAAGUGUAAAGUGGUGGUGUUAACUUCCUGAAAAAGCCGACAAAUUUGGGUUCAAAGCAAAGAUGGAGCCAGUAGAAACACAGAAAGGCAUGUCCAUAUUUCUAGAUGUAUUUCGGCGAGCUGAUAAAAAUGAUGACAACUGCUUGUCAGUUGACGAGUUCCGAUCCUUCUUUGCGGACGGAGUUCUAAACACUGAGGAUCUUGAUACGCUGUUCAAGGAGAUUGACACCCAUAAGACCACAAACAUUGACACUGGUGAACUUUGCUCGUACUUUUCCAAGAAUCUUGGACCGUACAGAGACAUUUAUGCUGGAUUGGAGGAUAUCAAUGCGUCUGUUUCCACAGCUUUGUUGACAACAGCUAAGGAAUACCCAGAGAAGAGUUUCCAGGACCAGUUCAGUGUGAGAUUUCUCCUGAAGGAGGUACAGAAUCAACUAGGAGCCCUGCUUCAGACGGUCAGUGCUGCGUCGGACCACCUGGAAGCAGACGCUGUUAAGAAAAGGAACGGACAGACCCAGGUUCACUUUGAAGAGCCGAAGGUUAGUAGUACGGCUGGAUGGAUCGCACGACGGACAAGGAGGCAGCUGUCGACACAAACUAGCGUUCCUUUUGACAGCGAAAGCAUGAAUUCAUUCUUCCUUCAAGUGAACCGCCUUCAAGAACUUGUGGACAAGAUUGAAAAUAAAGUCCAGAUUGAUCCAGUGGAUGAAGAAAUAGUGACAGACGACAGCAGUCAGGUGAUCCUCGUUGCCAGGAAGCUUUGUGUCAUUGAUUCACAAGACAAGGCUUUCAGAUCUGUCUUGAGGACCUACUUGGAGGCGGCUGGCAAGGAUGAAGGAUGCCAAACUUUGAGUGUUCGAUCAUACUCGGGGACCAGUAACUUUGUGUUGUAUGAGAUUUGGGAGUCCGAAGAAUUGUGGAAGAGCCAUUUCGCAUCUGACGCUUCCAAGGCAUUCCGUCGUAGCAAUGUGGACCACCUUGACAAGCCAGAGAUCUUAUCCUCCAUGGCUAUCCCAGCGUCAUGGAUUUUGGACUCCACAGCUGGAUUCAAUGGGACCGCAUAGCUUCACUCAACCUUUACAA